AUGACCACCCUGCUCGCACACAUCGCGAGCGACCAUCUCGGCGCACUCCCUGAGCCUUCCUCGGCGCCGCAACCCCCGCCUGCACCGGCACCGACCCCGCAAGCACUGCCGCAACAGCAGCCGCAGGUCAUGGGCAAUGCGCUCGACACGCUCAGCAUGAACAUGAACAUGGCGCAGAUGGUGUCGCAGCAGCCAGCCCAGCAGCAGUUCAGACAGCCCGAGAUGCCGAGCGGCGAUCUCUUCUCGUGUCUCUGGGAUGACUGCUUCCCGACGCUGUCUGAUCCGGCAGCGGCACAGGGCCACAACCAUGCGCAUGCGCAUCCGCACCCGCACCCCCACGUGAAGAGCGAUGCGCCGCUUACGCCGGAGACCAUGCUCCGCCACCUGCUGCAGGAGCAUCUCGGCGUCCCCCUUUCCAACGGGGAAGUCAAGCCUCACGACGCUCACCACGCCCACCCGCAUCCGCACACGCACAACUGUGACCAUGCAGCCAAGGCCGAGUCCCAUCCCGCGCCCCACAGCCACCACCACGAGCACGCCCACCCGCACCGCGACCACCACCACCAUGUCGGUCCCCGGCAUAAGCGGCAGUACCCCAUGGCAUGUCAGUGGCCGGGGUGCACGGUGCAGGAGCCGUUCACGAGUUCUGCCGAGCUCAUGGAGCACCUGUCCGAGGUGCACGUCGGCAGGGGCCAGGACAAGUACGCGUGCCACUGGGGACAGUGCGGUUCAGGCCAGGGACGGAUGUUCUCGUCGAGGCAAAAGGUGCUCCGCCACCUGCAGAGCCACAUCGGACACCGGCCCUUUGUCUGUUCCGUCUGCGGGCAGGGCUUUAGUGAAGCGGCGCCGCUGGCCGCGCACAUGCGCAGGCACACCGAUGACAGUGAGUACGGUCCUCGACUCGCAAGCUUAGGCCCUGUCGCUGCGUCGCUGACGUCAGAACCCUUCGUAUGCGACCAUCCCGGGUGUGGCAAGGCGUUCGCGAUCGCCUCGUCGCUCACGAUCCACAAGCGCACACACAACGGGGACAAGCCCUUCGUGUGCUCGUACUGCGGCAAGGGCUUUGCCGAGGCGAGCAACCUGACGAAACACAUCAGGACGCACACCGGCGAGCGGCCGUUCAAGUGCUCCCAUCCUGGAUGCAAUAAGCGCUUCGCGCGCCCGGACCAGCUGAAGCGCCACCAGGGCGUGCAUCUCGCCAAGGAGAUGCGCGUGGCGUCGACGGUCUCGGGUGAGGUCAAGUCGAGAGCGUAG